AUGGCCGCCGCCGUCGUGGCUCGUGAUGAAACCGACCCGACAACUGCCUUUUUGAACCUGAUCCAGAACCCUUUCAAAUCAGCGUUCCAAGUCAAUGCUUUCUGGGCCUCGCUGGGCACCUCCAUCGGCAUCUCCGUCGUCCUCGCCUUGCUCUUCUCCGUCUUCAGACCGCACCACAAUGCCAUCUAUGCCCCCAAGGUCAAACACGCCGACCAGAAACAUGCUCCGCCGCCUGUCGGAAAGGGCCUUUUCGCCUGGGUAGCGCCUGUCGUGAAGACCAAGGAGGAAACCCUCGUCGACCGCAUUGGCCUGGAUGCCGUCGUCUUCUUGCGAUGCGCUCGCAUGCUGCGGAACAUGUUCAUCAUCCUGAGCAUCAUCGGCUGCGGAGUGCUCAUCCCUGUCAACUUGCUGCAAAGCGAAGGCGGCCAGGCCGGGGACACCACCUUUGCUCGCAUGACCCCGUUGAACAUCAAGCCCGACGCCGUCUGGAGUCAGGUUGUCUGUGCCUGGGCCUUUGAUAUCAUCAUCAUGAUUUUUGUCUGGUAUAACUACAGGGCUAUUCUCGCGCUGCGCCGCCACCACUUCCAGAGCCCGGAAUACCAAAUGAGCCUACACGCCAGGACGUUGAUGAUCACCGACGUCCCCUCAAACCUGCGCUCUGAGGAAGGGCUGAUGCAAUUGACUGACGGUGUCAACCCAACCUCCGCCUUGCCCCGGACCACGAUAGGACGCAAUGUCAAGGAACUGCCUACCAUGAUCAAGAAGCACGAAGAAGCCGUGAGAGACCUAGAAUCAGUCCUGUCUAAAUACUUGAAGAAUCCCGAUCGUCUCCCAGUGAAUCGACCCACCAUGCGCCCAUCCCGAAAGCAUAAAGACAACCUUGGAGGCCGCAAAGUGGACGCGAUCGACUACCUCACCGAUCGUAUCCAGGAUCUCGAAACCAGGAUCAAGGACGUCCGUCAGACGGUCGACAAGCGAAACCCAAUGCCGUAUGGCUUUGCUAGUUGGGAAGCUAUCGAACAUGCCCACGCCGUUGCAUACACUGCCCGUAAGAAAAGACACCAAGGUACACUGAUCCAGCUGGCACCACGGCCGCACGACAUCAUUUGGGAAAAUGUUCCGCUGUCGCCGGCUACCAGACGAUGGCGCCACACGGUCAAUGCCUUUUGGGUGACCCUGUUGACCGUGCUCUGGAUAGCACCCAACGCAAUGAUCGCCAUUUUCCUGUCUGAUCUGUCUAACCUCGGCCUCGUCUGGAAGGCAUUCCAGACCUCGCUAAGCGAGAACCCAAAGGUGUGGGCCGCCGUCCAGGGUAUCGCCUCGCCUGCCUUGACCUCUUUGAUCUACCUGAUUUUGCCCAUUAUCUUCCGUCGCCUCAUGCGCCGCGCUGGUGAUACCACCAAAUCGUCGCGGGAACGCCAUGUCAUUCGCUACCUCUACUUUUUCUUCAUCUUCAACAACUUGAUAGUGUUUUCCCUCUUCUCUGCCGGCUGGGGUUACGUCUCUGCUGUCAUCGACGCAAAGAACAACAAAGAAGACGCCUGGCAGGCAGUGGUCGACGGUCAUAUCUUGAAGAAGGCCAUGAGUGCACUCUGCCAGGUGUCUCCUUUCUGGGUGACUUGGUUAUUGCAACGCAAUCUCGGCGCUGCCUUGGAUCUGUCACAGCUGGUGAAUGUCGCAUGGAAGUGGUUUAUGAAAACAUUCAUGGCUCCAACUCCGCGCCAAAACAUUGAAUGGACUGCUCCACCGCCGUUUGACUAUGCCAGUUACUAUACAUACUUUCUCUUCUACGCUACGAUUGCGCUUUGCUUUGCGACGCUGCAGCCAAUUGUGCUGCCCGUUGCCGCUCUCUACUUUGCUUUUGACAGCUGGAUGAAAAAGUAUCUGCUCAUGUAUGUCUUCCUCACGAAAACCGAGUCCAGUGGCCGAUUCUGGGGUGUUGUGAUCAACCGGAUGAUCUUUGCCGCUAUUCUAUCAAACUUGGUUAUCGCCUUGUUGGCCGCAUCCCAGGAUUCCUGGAUCAAGCUUUACUGCCUCGUUCCGUUGCCAUUCGUUAUGCUUGGCUUUAAGUGGUAUUGCAGGAGGACCUUUGACGACGAUAUGCUCUACUACAGUCGCGCCACUCUGACUGACGCCGAAGCAUUGGGCCCAACCCCCGGCAAGGGCAUCAAGCGAGCUGGGGAUCGACUCAAAUCGCGCUUCGGCCACCCGGCGCUCUACCGGCCUUUACUGACGCCAAUGGUGCACAAGCGAGCUGCCCAGUUGCUCAAGUCGAUCUACCGCGGCCGACUGAGUCAAUACGACGCAAAUGUCGAUUUCUCCGACAUUGCCAUGCAUGCCAUGUCCUCGUCGAAACCGGGCAAAACCAUGGACGGCCAGACGUCGGCGCCAUUCGAAGUCGUCGACGAGAACCAGCUCGACUUUUCCUACUACAAAGACCGAGCCGAUUUCCGCGACGAAUUUGGAGGUGGACUCUACGGCCGGCCUGAAGAUCUCAUUUCCGAGCGCUCGCAAACACCUCGCACGUUCAUGGGCGACUCGCCUGAUUCGUCUCGCGCCUCUUCUCCUUCGUCGAUGAUGCCGCGCAAGCUCGAGGGAAGCUAUGAGCCGAUUGUCAUGAUGGGCGGCAACCGCUCGCAAGAGGCGCUGGUCGACAAUCACAACCACCCGGCCUUCCGGCCUCCAGCAUCCCGCUCUGGCAGCGGACCCGACGGCGCUCCGUUGUAUCGCAACGACUCCAACGAAAGCCAGUCACGGCUUCUAAACCAUCCUCAGCCCAUGGGUGGCGCCAAUGGUAGCCAAACCGAUUUCCACACCGUCGACCGAUGGCGAUCUGGCGGCUACGGUCCUGUUACUCAGGACGAUGACCCGGCCCCUCCGACCUCGUACGAUUACUUCCGUGGUCGACGAUAA